AUGCCCUUUUUUAACUCUUUGUUGUACAACUUGGAAUUAUUGCUUGAAAUGACCAACGUCUUGCUGAUCAUCGUUGGCUGCAAUCGCAAAAGUCACAUGUACGACAAGGUGCUGGGCCAAUUUAACUGUCGCAAAAUUAAUCGGCAACUGAACGAAUUUUCCGAUUGUACGAACAACGAUGGCGACAAGCGGCUGGAUGAGCUGGAAAGGCUGCGUAUUCAGCACAAGGAACUACACGAGCUGAUGCUGUACAUCAACGGAGGAUUUGGAAAACUUUUGCUCAGCACUUUUGUGGCCAUCGUGGUCGUUGUUAACGUGGAGCUGCUGGAACUGUACCAGUACUUCCGACGUGGUGUACUGUCGGUUUCCGUAGGUUCGCAUAUAUUGUAUGCACUUGUGUGGUUGUUGCUCCACUUAGUUCUGCUGCUGCUGAUCGUGUAUCCGAAUCAUGCGAUGCACAAUGAGGUGCGUUUUGCAUUCAAUUAUGUUUGA